UUUUUCUCAAGCAGGUCACGUGGCACUAAGCCUAUAUAACAAAGAAAGUUUGCCACCAAAUCAAGCAUUCGAGUGGACCACACUAAAAGUCCAAAGAUGGGUUUGCUCCAGCAAACAUUCAUUCUUGUAGGACUUCUGCUUUGCAUCAACUAUGUUCCUGCUCGCAGACUGGUAAAAAGACAAUUGUACGGGCUCAAUCCUGGCGGUGGUGGAAAAGGAGGAUCUAACAACAAUAACAAUGGCGGUGGCAAUAAUUGGUCAGGCGGACAGAAAGGAGGAAAUAAUGGAGGAAACAGGGGUCAAGGCGGUGGAAAUACUGGCGGACAAGGUGGUGGUGGUGGUGGAUAUGGUCAGGGUGGUGGUGGCGGCAGUAGUGGUGGCAGAGGUGGUGGUGGUAGUGGUGGCAGAGGCGGCGGAGGAAGUGGAGGAUGGGGAAAAGGUGGAGGCGGCGGUGGUAGCGGCGGCGGUGGUAGCGGCGGCAGAGGUGGCGGAGGUAGUGGAGGAUGGGGACAAGGAGGCGGUGGAGGUGGUAGCGGCGGAAGAGGUGGCGGCGGCAGUGGUAGCGGAGGAAGAGGUGGUGGCGGAGGUAGUGGAGGAUGGGGACAAGGUGGCGGCGGUGGUAGCGGCGGAAGAGGUGGUGGAGGUAGUGGAGGAUCGGGUGGCCAAGGCGGCGGUGGAGGCAGAUAUGGCCAAGGAGGCGGUGGAGGUAGUGGUGGUGGUGGAGGUGGUGGAGGACAAGGAGGCAACUGGCAAGGUGGAAGUUGUGCACGCGCUGACCAAUCAGAUUGCAGCUAUUACUUCGAAUGUCAAGGCGACAGUGGUGAACAAAGGCUCCAGUGUCCAGAAGGGUUGUACUUCAACGAUAACCAAAAGUAUUGUGAUUACCCUGGCAAUGUCCAAUGCAACGGCGCACGGCCCAACGAACUCUGUGGUGACUAUGCAGAAGAUUUUAAGAAACGUCACAAUGAAAUGUGUCAGAUGUACUACGAAUGCAACCUUGGUUACCUCAAUGAUGUUCAGGAAUGUGCUCCUGGUACUGUAUUUAAUCCUAGUAUCCAAGUAUGCGACUACCUGAAUAACACUGACUGUGGAAACUUGCAGGUGCCUAAGAGUGCCAUAGAGUUUGGACGUGGUGGAGGCGGAAAUGGUGGAGGCGGAAAUGGUGGAGGUAAUGGUGGCUGGAACGGAGGUAACGGUGGCGGGCAAGGAGGAGGUAGAUAUGGUCAAGGUGGAGGAAACGGCGGAGGAGGACAAGGAGGAGGAAACGGCGGAGGAGGACAAGGAGGAUGGAACGGAGGUAAUGGUGGAAAUGGAGGUAACCGUGGAGGAGGAGGACAAGGAGGAUGGAAUGGUGGAAAUGGCGGUAACCGUGGAGGAGGAGGAAAAGGAGGAUGGAAUGGAGGAAAUGGAGGUAACCGUGGAGGUGGACAAGGAGGAGGUGGAAAUUAUGGACAAGGUGGAAGUGGAGGAAACCGUGGAGGACAAGGUGGUGGACGCGGCGGAAAUCAGGGGACACAGUGGGGAAAUGGUGGAAAGCGUGGAGGACAAUGGGGAGGUGGAGGAAAUCGUGGUGGCAACAGAGGCGGCAAUCAAAGUGGAAACUAUGGCGGAAACCAAGGUGGACGAGGCGGUGGCGGUAGUGGCGGUCGCGGAGGCGGCAGUGGAGGCCGUGGUGGUGGCGGCAGUGGAGGCCGUGGUGGUGGCAGUGGAGGAAGUGGUGGCGGCGGCAGUGGAGGACGUGGUGGUGGUAGUGGAGGCGGAUUUUCGUACGGGAAGUAAAUUAUAUGGCGAAACUAUGAACCCUUAUUCCAAACUUCUCAGUUACUGCCCACACACAUACUCAGCUGUGGUAAUUUGAUCCGAUCACAAGAAUUUGAUUAAGAUUAACAAAUCUCCAUCUUUUGAAGAAAUAAUUACAGAAGAAUCACCAGGAAUUCAAUGAGCUUUCUGUUUAAUCAAGGAGUCACACAACAUUUUUUUUUAUAUAAAUAUUUAAAACAAAAAUUAACAUUUAUGAUGAAUUUAUGGAUCAAAGUUACGCUCGAAUGAAUUUUACCAUGAUUAUAAUUGUUAUCUUUAUUAAUGAACAUAUAUCCAUUCCAGAUGCCAAUCAAUGUUUUGAAAAUACAUAAAUAAUUCUGGUUUAUUUCUUAUGUUCUUAUUUUUGUUUAAACGAAGUAUUUUCUUCUGUGUCUUAUGAGAUGUAAAUAAAAGUUACCACCAAAAAUAUUUUAAAAA